GAAGCUACAGUGUGAACAUGCAGAAGGGAAGAGGGAGAACAAGUCGGAUCAGAAGACGAAAACGCUCCAACGGUUCUCAGACAAGAGGAGCAUUGAAGAUGAAACAACUGUUUUAUGUAAUUGACACAAAAGAGGCCUAUUCUGCAAGUCUGAGUCAAUGAGAUCAAUACUGAGUCCCUGAAAAACUGUAAGAAUUCCCAGGCUAGAGGCUAAAACAUCCACAAACUCAUACUCUUACUGAACAAAUCCACCAACAAGAUCAGUGAAUGAGAGCUACAAGUCUGAAUUUAUAGAUCUACAGAAGUGGCUGAAAGGCAGGAAGUUUGAAGAUAAAAACUUAGCACCAGCUCAUUUUCCAGUUCCCGCCAAGGUUCCUGGAUGGGGAGAUGAAGUAUGAAUCAUGGUAUCCAACGUGGUGGAACACUAGUUGCAGACUUGAAGCAGGGAUUCCCCAGUUGUCCUGCAGGGAUGGACUUUGCUGAAUGACACUCCUCCCAGCUGAGAAGAAAGGUACAGGAAGAGGGCUGAUGAGCACCGUGUCCUUGCAGGAGGGACAGAUGAUUAUUUCGUUGCCUGAGAGUUGCCUGCUUACCACGGACACAGUGAUUGAAAGCUACUUAGGGCCGUACAUUACUAAGUGGAAGCCGCCUCCGUCUCCUCUGCUGGCUCUGUGCACAUUUUUAGUUUCAGAAAAGCAUGCUGGGGACCGGUCUCCCUGGAAGCCUUACCUGGAAAUUUUGCCCAAGGCCUACACCUGCCCUGUUUGUUUGGAGCCUGAAGUGGUGCAUCUUCUGCCCAAACCUUUACAAAUGAAGGCUGAAGAACAGAGGGCCCGUGUGUGGGAGUUCUUUGCUUCCUCCAGGGACUUUUUCUGUUCCCUGCAGCCUCUGUUUGUGGAGCCCAUUGACAGCAUCUUCAGCUACAGCGCCCUCCUGUGGGCCUGGUGUACUGUCAACACCAGAGCCGUGUACCUGAGGCGCAGGCCGCGGGAGUGCCUGUCUGCCGAGCCUGACACCUGUGCACUCGCUCCGUACCUGGAUCUGCUGAAUCACAGCCCGCAUGCACAGGUAGAAGCAGCGUUUAAUGAGGAAACUCGUUGUUAUGAAAUUAGAACGGCUUCAAGGUUUAGAAAACACGAAGAGGUUUUCAUCUGCUACGGCCCUCAUGACAACCAGCGGCUGCUCCUGGAGUAUGGCUUUGUUUCCGUCCGUAACCCUCAUGCUUGUGUUUAUGUCUCAGGAGAAAUACUUGUUAAAUAUCUUCCACCAGCAGAUAAACAGCUGAACAAAAAGGUUGCCAUUUUAAAGGACCGUGGUUUUAUAGAAAAUCUGACGUUUGGUUGGGACGGACCAUCCUGGAGGCUGCUCACAGCCCUCAAGUUGUUAUGUCUGGAACCUGAAAAAUUUACAUUCUGGAAAAAGGUACUUCUUGGGGAAGUAAUUUCAGAUACAAAUGAGAAGACAAGUUUGGACGUAACCCGGAAGAUAUGCUGUGACUUCAUAGAGGAGGCCUGCUCUGUGCUUCAGAAGAUUUCCCAGAUGAAGGAUGACAGUGUGGCUUUGCUGCCCCAGCUCGCACUGGUGGAAACGCUGUGGAUGGAAGAGCUCCAGAUCCUCAGAGCGUCUGCCGAGGUCCUGGGCACUUUGCACACAACUGUUACCUGACCUCCACGCGAGCCCUCGGUCACCUCCUAUGGAGCGUCUCUGGAUGGCGUGGUGGCCGCUCCCAGGACACGGGAGGAUGCCUGCAGGGUGGAGCAGGUGCCAGGGCUGCUGGCUGGGAGUGACGACGGCUGGGUCGGCUGAGGGACGCCCUGUGAAAUCUGCCGAGUAAGCAGCAUCCCAGAGCACGCACAAGGAGAGUCCUGAGCUGCAGGAAGCGAGGAGACCGCGGGAGCCAGGAGCCAACCGGGACGUGGAGUGGUCUGGCCCUGUGUGAACGAUUCUUACUUGACUCAGCAGCUGGCAGAGGGCAAGAAGCUGUGGUCUCGGGGUGCCCUGAUCCCGUUGGGUGAAGGGGCAAGUUGGUGGUGGGUGGUUUGGGGCGGCCAGUCCCAGCCCAUGUGGCUCUCAGCUUCCAGUCCUGCCCUCUGUGGGAUGCUGACUUGCACGUGGAGGAGCCCUGGGGGACCUGGGGUCCAGGAGACGGGAAUCCCCCUCAGCCUGCUCCUGGCCUUUGGCCUGCCCCAGGCAGGGCCUGUGAAAUACGAACUGGGGAGAAGGGCUGGCUCAGCCGCACAGUUCUUCCACCUUAACUUCUGGUGUCCUUGACAGGCCUUUCCUGGCUGCAUGCGGGCUGGGGCUCGGUGGAGGUCAGCAGACCCAAAGCUACCCUCAGACUGGGGCCUGUGUUCUUACUCUCGGUUUUGUUUUUUAUCCACUGCAAACUCAGGGUGGGAGAAGGGGACAUUCCCUCCAUAACCGUCCGUGACCUGAGGGGGCUCCCUGCAGAGCUAACGGAGCCAGACUUGCAGAGGUUGGGGUGGCCUGUGUGGGGGACGCCCCAGGGAAACCUUGCUGCUGCCCAGAGCCCUUCUGUUUUCCCUGCCGAGUGUCCCUUCUUCCCCAGAACUCAGUGCCUUUCCCAGUGUGGCGCUCAGCAAAGCCCAGCGAAUGGGGCCCCUUGCGUCCAGUAAGUCUGAAUAAACCGUUUUCAUUAU